AUGGUGAAGCAUUUUUUUACCCAUUGUGAUCUCCCGGCUUCAAUUAAUGCAGCCAACCUGGUUCUUUUGCCAAAGAGGGAGCAGCCGAGUUCCAUCAAUGACUAUAGGCCAAUCGCCUUAUGUAAUGUGGCCUAUAAGAUCAUUUCGAAGUUACUAGCUAACAGAUUGAGACCAUUACUUCCGAUACUAGUAUCUCCUAUGCAAUCUGCAUUUGUAAAAGGGAGAGUUAUUCAUGACAACUCUAUGGUGGUCCAAGAGAUUCUCCAUUCAAUGCAACACAAAAGAAAUAAAGACGGAUACUUCUUGGUGAAGCUUGAUAUGGAAAAGGCCUAUGAUAGAUUGGAUUGGCACUUCUUGAAGGCGGUGUUAUCAAACUGGGGUUUUCAUGAUACUUUUGUGGGAUGGAUCAUGAAAUGUGUCUCUACAUCAACCUUUUCUCUGCUGCUUAAUGGGGCAAAAGCUGGUAACUUAACCCCUUCCAGAGGUCUGAGGCAAGACGACCCGCUAUCCCCAGCCCUGUUCAUCAUAGCCACAGAUGUCCUUUCUAGAUUGCUACUAAGAGCCGAGAGUCAACGUAAAAUCUUCGGCAUCAAAGUGGCUAGAAGAGGUAAUCCAAUUACGCAUCUCCUGUUUGCUGAUGAUAUUGUACUAUUUGGAAGGGCAUCUGAAAGGGAAGCUCAAAAUCUUAUGGAAUGUAUGGAUAUAUUCUGUUCUUGGUCCGGGGAGAAGGUGAGUAAAUCAAAAUCUGCGGUUCACUUCUCUAAGAGCGUCCCAAAUGCUAAGAGAAUGGCGUUAGCGGAAUUCCUCCAAAUGCUGAGGGUCAAGGGAGACUGUCCCCACCUCGGUCUUCCCCUCCUCGCGUCCAGAUCGAGAGCUAAAGAUUUGCGCUUCAUUCUUGAUAAAGUUAAUAACUGUGUGCAAGGAUGGAAAGCGAAUAUGUUAUCUAAGGCAGGAAGAUCAACUCUGGUUCAAGCUGUGGGGUCUUCUCUAAUUUCUUAUGUUGCAGCAUCAAGACCAAUGCCUUGCUCAUUACAUGAGUCAGUGGAUAAGGCUCUUCGCUCUUUUUGGUGGGGGGAUACAACAAAUAAGAGAAGAAUGCAUACUUUGUCUUGGGGGAAGCUUUGUAUGCCGAAACUAUCAGGAGGUUUGGGUUUCAGAACUUCAAAAACCACCAAUGAAGCAUUCAUGGCAAAGAGAGCUUGGGAAAUUUUAGUAGGGAAGCAAGGCAUUUGGCACGAUCUAAUCUGGGCUAAGUACUUAAAGGAAGUGAGUAUUCUUAGCUAUAUGCCAAAACAAAACGACUCUCGUUUAUGGAAGGGGAUCAUGCGCUCGGUGAGCUUGUUGAAAAAAGGUCUUGGUAGAAGAAUUGGCAAUGGGAAUUCUACCUCCAUCUGGUAUGACAAUUGGCUCCCAACUACACCACAUAGGCCAGUCCCUCUUAUGGAUGCCUCUUAUGGAGUCAGUUGGGUUAGCCAAUUCAUUGAGAACAAAAUGUGGAAUGUGGCAAAACUGUCCCAGUGGUUUGCUAAGGAGGACAUGGAGAGAAUCACCAAAAUCAACAUUCCUAUGGAGGAUAAGGAGGAUAAUUGGAUAUGGUUGCACGACCCUAUUGGUAAUUUCUCAAUCAGGUCAGCUUUCACCAUGCCAUUCGUAGGUCAAUCUCAAGGGGCGGAGUGGAAAUGUAUUUGGAAAAGCAAAAUACAUACAAGACUAAAACACCUGUGGUGGAAAAUUGUGGCGGAUGCUCUCCCAACCUCUGUGCGUCUGGCCCAACUUAUGGAUGUAAGGACAUCGUGCUGCCUUUUCUGCGGGGAAGCUGAAGAAACCUCGUUUCACCUGUUUUGGAAAUGCAACUGGAUAGCUAAGUUGUGGUUUGCCAAUCUUUAUGGGCUUCGCACAGAACAAACAGGUAUUGAAAACUGGCGGGACUGGUUCUCCUUCUUUGAUUGUCAUCACAAUAUGCCCGCCCCUCUUGGCUUUGAGGAGUUCUUCAUUCAAGCCUCAUUUCUUGUGGAUAUCAUUUGGAGGGAGAGAAAUGCUAUCGCCCAUGGAUCAACCCCCACGUCAUUUAUAGUAUUAUGCACUAGAUACAGUGGGCGCUUAGCCGAAUGGAACAUGGACUCUUGUUCUCCAAAGGAGUCUCAGCCUAGGUGGUUUCCACCACCACUCAACUGGCUAUGCUUUUCAUCGGAUGUGGCUAUCUCAGAGAACGGCACAACCUUAGUAGCAGUGUGCCGUGAUUCAUCAGACUCAAUCAUCACGAUUAUCACAGAAGUUGUCCAGGAAAUGGACCCCACGAGAGCUGAAGCCUUGGCUCUCUUGCUUGUCGCUCGGUCCGCAGUACAACAAGCCUCUACACCAUACAUAUUCCAAAGUGACUGCAAGACAGUAGUGGAUGUUUUCCAGAAGAAUUCUAUGGUUGAAGCUCCUAAUCUGAGCGAUAUUAAACUCAAAUUCCAGGGGUACUGUGCAAAACUUUGUCAUUGGGAGUGUUCAAAGAUAGAUAGAGCAGUAAAUUUUAUGGCUCAUAAUUCUGCAAAAUUUGCUCACCACUACAAUUUAGUCGGCAAGAUGGAUAUAAGCAAAUGGGGAGACGAUAUCCUCAAUGACUACAAGGCUUGGAUUCCUCCAUGA